CCUCGACGUGCCUUGGCUUUUACGUAUCGAGAAAGCUACCCAUGAUCAUUGUUUAUUCUCCAGGUCAAGCUGAAGAGGGCUCGCCAUAUCGACGCAUAGUACGUUACAAUGGGAACAUAUUAAUUGGCAAUGCCAAUAUAGGAAACAUGCACUGCUGCUAUAUAUCUCGUUCGCCAACCAAAUCCAAGACUCCUUGUUUAGGACUUAUAAGAACAGUCGAGCACGUGCGAUGAAUUACCUAUAUGAUUUUUCUACGCGAUUAAUGCUUCGACGGCAGCACCGCCGCUACCAUUUACUAUCGGAGAUUUCUAGAACAUGAAUGACCAAUUAUAAUCAGGUCUCUUCCAUUGCCAAGAACCCACCGCUCGACAUUUACGGCCUCAGGAAUAGGUAGCCAAGGCCUCGACUACCUCCUUCCAAUGCAGGAUCAGUGGCAUUAUGGAUCUUUCAACGGCCAAGCUCGUAGUACGGUUACACUACAUAAUCAUAGCAAGCUCAGCUUGAUUUCAACUAUAUAACUCUAGAGUUUUCCAGACCCCUGAGACCGACCCGAUGUCUUACUGUCCCAACUUUCAGCUUGGUAAUAGUCGAGAGCUAUUAUGGGUAAACUAAGCUCCCUUGCUGUGGCGGCAGUGGCCAUCUCUGCUGUCACUGCCCAGACGUUCCAGCGGCUUGGUGCUUGUCCGGAUCUAGGCUGCGUUCUGCCGCCUGAUCAAUCGGACUUCCUGCCGGGACAAUACUUCGACCUUCGUCUCGAAGUACAUGCUCCGGUCAACGGCUCAGAGGCUUUCAACAACGGCGAGCCGGAUGAAAAGUUCUCAGUCACUAUCACUAAGGAAGGUAGCGAGUCCAAGACCAUCGCCGAGUUCUUCGACGUUGCCGAACCGGAGCUAGAGAAAUGGGACUUCAGCUGGUACGAAGAUCUCUUCGCCAAGGACGCGGGAACUCCGUCUAUCGUCAAUGUCGCGUCUAAAAUCUAUCGGAAACUCGCGAUUUACGAGCCGGGAAACUACGUCGUCACGCUGAACUAUUACGAUGGCCAGAAGACGAUAGCUAACUGGGUUGUGCGACCACUAGCUACCAAGAAGAAGGCAAAGAAUGUUAUUCUCUUCAUCGGUGAUGGUAUGACCACGAAUAUGAUCACGGCUGCGCGCCUGCUUGGUCACAAGAGCAUCAACGGAAAAUACCAGUCUCUAUUGCAGAUGGACAAAUUCCCCGUUGUAGGACAUCAGAUGACUCAUUCCCUCGAUAGCUUCAUCACUGAUAGCGCUAACUCGGCAUCUGCCCUUUACACCGGACACAAGAGCACCGUCAACGCUAUGGGCGUUUACGUCGAUUCGUCUGCUGAUUUCUUCGACGACCCGAAAGUUGAGACUAUCGUUGAAUUAUUGAAGCGUACUUGGGAUUCUGCUUGGGGUGCUGUCUCAACUGCAGCCCUCUCAGAUGCAACCCCCAUUGCCCUUACUGGCCAUAGCCGAUCGCGAUAUGCUUAUGGUUCCCUUGUCGACCAAGGAUUGAACUCGGUCACCAAUUAUUCAUGGACGAACCAGGGCGGUCCUGACGUCUGGUUCGGCGGAGGUGCCGAGCAGUUUUACCCGAAUUCCGACAGCUACGAGGGAAAAGAUUAUUACGAAGCAUUUUCAAAAGCAGGUUAUGAAAUCAGCUUGAACAAGACUUCGCUGUUAGAACUUGGCAAUAACAGCAGGGCUCUUGGGGUUUUCUGCCAGUCUCAUUUUCCUGUCUGGUUAGACCGCAACGUUUUCACGGAGAAUUUAGAGAGCUUUGAGAACGACCCUCUAGGUUCGGAAAAACCUGCCCUUGACCUUCCUGGUCUGAAGGACAUGACUUUGAAGGCUAUCGAUAUUCUACACACCCGCGGUGGUGAUAAGGGGUUUUUCCUCAUGUCCGAGGGCGCGUCCAUCGAUAAACAGAUGCACGCUUUGGAUUAUGACCGUGCUCUUGGUGAUCUCCUUGAGCUCGACGACACAGUGCGCGCGACCAUUGACCAUCUAAAAGCGAUAGGUGAACUAGAGAAUACUCUGGUUCUCGUCACCGCUGACCAUGGCCAUGGGUUCGAUGUCUUCGGAGGCGUUGAUACUAAAUACCUUUCGGCUCAGGAGACGGACCGUGACAAGCGUCGUGCCGUUGGCAUUUAUGAACAGUCCGGUUUGUCACAGUACACUGUCCCGGUUGAGGGUGUUUCGUAUGGGACUGGCCCUAAUUUCCCUGUCAACUGGGAUCCAAGGUACAGUAUAGCAGCAGGCCUCGGCGCCAACCCCGACCACCGCGAAAACUACCGCAUACACAAGAAGCCGCGCGAGGUCGUUAGUAAUACGCCGGGCUUCAACGAGGACGACUUAUUCGUCAACGCCGAGGACAGCCCUGACGGAUUUGUUGUUAAUGGCACACUGCCCGUUUCCGAGUCAUCAGGCGUACACUCGCUCACAGACGUAGCCGUUUUCGCUAUGGGACCCUGCCAAAACGAUUUCGGGGGCACAUAUGGUAAUAUUGAUAUCUUCUACAAGAUUGCGAGUUGCUUAGGUCUAGCGCGGCCGGAUAACGAACCUCCUACCAGCCCCGGAAGUGGAUGUAAGAAACAUUAGAGCUGGAAGUAUGGGCGUAUAGUGGCUACGAUGUAAAGGAUAAGAAUAGUUCUUCAUGUAAAUAAUUUAAUGACAAUGUAAACCUUUAC